GAAAUCCAGUCUGCUUUCCUCCGUUCGACAGGACUAUUAGAAUUGCGCGCGUCGAUGCAUAUAUAACCUGUGUGUCCUCGAUUUAUUCUCUAUUUGUGAUUGUAUAUAUAUAGAUAUAUAUACUGUGGCGUGCGCGCGCGCGAGAGAGAGAGAAUUUCAAGUUGAAAACACGCCGGUAUAAUAUUGAAUUGGUAGGGACGAAAAUUUUGCGCUCUACGCACACGUGGUAUUGGUGCGCGCCCUAUGCAAACCCGUAUGUCAACGAAACGAAUAAGACGUGAGGGCAAUUUUCUGCCAAAGUGGAAGUGCUGUUCUGUGGCGGGAAAUUAUGUGCAUGGACGUUCAACAGACUAGUGAGACGAUGGGAGACAGAAACCUCGACGACGAGGUACAAAUCUUAGAAGCUCAUAUUGAUAAAGAUUCGUUUAAAGUUCCAGUUAAAGAAGAACGUCCAGAUGAGGCCGAAAUCCGGGAGCUGGCAGCCAAGAUGGUGGAAGCACACAAGGCGAAAAUGACUCCGAGUGUUGCGACCCUCGGCGUCCAGCGACCGAGUGGCCUACAACAAGGCAGUCUUCAGGGUAUGUUGUUCUUCAACAACAAUACCAACACCCUGACCCUGGGCACAACACAGCAGAAGCGUGCCACCGACACUCCACAGGCAAAGGAAGGAAAAGUCCCUCUAGAUGACGAGAGCCAACGUGGACGUUUCGGUUGGGUCAGCUUUGACGAAACACACAUUCCCUAUAUUUUUCGUGCCGGCGAAAAAUUCUGUGCAGUGCGGAUCCUCGAGUCCAAGCUCCUCAACAAGUACCUGAGCUAUCUUCAUUCGGACAUUUACAGUUGUACCUGCAUUCGCAGUUACUACAUCACCGAAGCCGAGAGUAAGCUACUCAACGAAAUAAAUUCAAAGCACUGUGAAAAUCAAUUUGGCCGCGAGCAAUUCACCAGUAAAGAUCUUGUCGUGAGGCUCGCUGACGCCAAGGAAUUUUACGCCUUCCUCGAUGUCUGUUACACUAAACUCACCGCCAGUAAUCGAGCCACUCCCUCCGACAAGUGCGGCUUCAUUCGCAUCAACAAGGAAUCCGUCGUCCCCUACACCGUCAAGGACAACCUCAAAUACGUUCCUCUAUUCUACUUCGAGGGCGAGACUGACAAUCUAAAACUAAAGGCGGAAAAACUCGAGGGCUGGGAUCUAUCCUACUUGAAAUUCUGCUGUAAAGUUCAGGGAAUUAGAAAUGAAUUGUUUGCUAGUGAAACAUGCUCUGUCAUUAGUCUCAGUGAUAUUAAGAGUUACUUCCCACCUGGGACUGGCUUUGAGGAUUAUUGGCCCAGUAAAGUUAUGGAUUCGCAAUUAAUUGUUAAUAGUAAAGGUGGCGGUGGUGGUGGCGGUUGGACAAAACAACCGGCAACACCACCGGCGCCAAAAUCAGUUCAAAAUAAUGUAGCGAAAAAUACAAUUGUGAGAGCACAGCCAAUGCAGAAUAUGAUACAGAGGCCGAAUGCGACAAUUCAACGAGUCACGCAACUUAGGACACCAAUUUCACAUGCACAACAUUCAUCGUCGUCGACUAUUUCUUCCGUUAGGAGCAAUACGAUUGCACAGCCAAUAACGCAAAGGGAUUUUGCUGCACUCAAUGCUGUUCAAACGGCUGUUAAUGGCUGGUCGGGACUUGUUAGCACUCAACCGACUUUUCAAGCCGCUUUGGUCUCGCAGGCUAAUCAAAUUAUUAGGAUGCCUAAUUCUGCACUCAGCACACAUAACCAAAUGACAACGGCGAGUAAGACUUACUCUCAGCAGUCAAGGAGUAGAGGGGGUGGUGGCGGAGCUGCGCAAUAUCCCGGCGUUUAUCCGGUUACGACGAUGCAAUCUGCCGUUCAUGUCCAACCACCCCCUCUUAUUCGAGCCACCCAAUCCAAUCAAUCCAAUAUUGGGGUGUCGACGACGUAUACGACGCCAACAAGCAUGGGCGUUCCUAACGCCGCUGCCCCGUAUCCGCAGAUGCUCGGUUUGAGCGCGGAGCAAGUUCAAGCCCUGAUGCCAGCACAGACGUCGCCAUCGACGCUCUUGCCGCAUCCUCAGAGACACACGCCACCCGUGCACAAUUCCUCGCAUAACAAAUACCCGCCACCUUUAAUUCCAGUUAAUGGCAGCAGCAAUAGCAGUUCCGGCAGGGACUCGAGAGGACGAAAACCAUUAAUACCCAUUGCUGAAACACAUACUUCAGGGAAUUGCCAAGUACCACCGUAUCAAGUGCAAAAGGCGUUGGUCGAAGACAAAUUAGUUCCCUGUAUAAAUUUGAAACCUUUUGUCUAUCAAGAACUUUUAAUGACUCUACCUGACUUUGUCCAACAGUAUUUCCCUGCCAGUGAUAUCAAUAGUUGUAGACAAGUUCUUACUGACGUUCUCGGCAUCGAUUUGUAUCAAGGAAAUAGAUUACAAAUGGAGAUGCUGAUGAAGGCAAAUAAGUGCUCGUCAUUAAAUGAAGAACUACCACUUAUUCAAGUACGAAGUGUCAUGAAAUUCAUGCCACAGAUGAAGUACAUGUUUAAUAGAUCAAUGAUACCAAAUCCAUCGGCAACGUCAACGCCAACUCCAACACAUUCAUCUGAAGAACAUCCCUCGAAAAAGAGGCAACGCACCAGCUAGGAUUGGCUACAGCCUUAUUGGCCCACUUAUGAUUACUAUCACUCGGCUUUUUAAGGACAAGAAGAGAUAAAAAGAAAUAAAAAACAAAAACACUUCGUUUUUCCGUCGUAAAAGAGCUGUUUUAAAAAAAGGAAUGAAAAAAAAGGAUAACACUUUUCUUUUUUUUUUCGUUUUAAAAAUAGCUGCAAGAAAAAAAAACUGUAAAUAUGGAUCAAUACGGAGUUUUUUUUACAAACUUGCCAAAUAAAUUGCGCAAGUACAAAAAAAAGGCUUUGUCAAUGUUAGUACGAAUUUUACGAAAAAAAAAACAGUGUCAAAUCUCACAUUCACCGUGAAUAUUAAAUCAAACUUAAUAUUUAUUGGGAUAAGAAGGGAAAAACAAAUUAGAAAAAGACAUUUUUACUUGUCUAUUAUACUAUUUAUUGACAAACCAUCCGUAAUUUGAGAGCUCAAACAAGAGACUAUACGAAUUAGGGGGAAAAAAAUAUACACGAUCGAUGUAUAUAAAUAUAUAAUUGCACUUGUGUAAGAGAAAAAAGUCUACUAAAAGAAAAUUUCAAGCAUGGAGAGAGAAAAUUCUUAAGCUUCGUUUUUAAUGAAUCAUCUAAAAUCGAAGAAAAAAAAGAGAAAGGAACUUUUUCAUCAUGUAAAAAAAAGAACUCGGAAAAAAUAUAGUCGCGCCAGUAUUUCUGUGUAUAUUAAUAUAAUAGGAAGACUAUUAAAAAAACAAACAACUACAAUCGGAAUGAAAAUUCCGUUCUCAUUCCGAUUCAUGAAAAAAAGGAUCCUUGUAUUUUUUUUUGAUUCUUUUUUCUUCCAAUUGAAAUUUUUUUUGUAAAAAAAAAAUUCUCCUUGGAAGAGAAGAGAAAUGAGGCUAAAAAAAGUGUCCAGUUAAAAUUGAUUGGCCUUUGAUAAAAAACAGAAAAUGAAAAAAAACUGUAAAAAGUCUCGCAUAUCUAUAUUAUAAAAUGAGAGCGAACGAGUAAGAGAUUUUUUUUCCUGAAUGUCUGUUGUAAAUAAUAAAAGAGAUUAUAGUAAUUGUUCCAAGAAUUUUAUACACGAAAAAUCGGUAGUGAAACUGUAAAGAAAAAAAACAAAAAAAAAAUGCAAACAGUCGAAAAAGAAUUUUCUUUCCGUUAUUUAUCAUUUGCUAUAAAUUCAUUUUUUAGAGUUACGAUUUUCUUCUAAAGAAACAAAAGCAAAAAAAAUUUUCUAUCUGGAAACGUUUCCAAUGAAAAUUUUUUUAAUCAAUUUCUGUGAAUUGUUAAAAAAAAAAUUGAGGAAUAUGAAAAAUCCAAGAGUUAUUUUUAUGUUCCUCAAUAAAACCGGAGAUAUUAAAAAUGAAUUGUAUUUUUUUAAACAUAAAUUUCGGGUAUAUUUUAAUUUUAUGAAUUUUUUCCUAUCAAAAAUUUUAUUUUCCAAUAAUUUUAGGAGAAAAUCGUACUUUAAGUCUGUUUGAAUGAAAACAAAAAAAAAAUCUUUUUUCACGCCACCUAAUUAAGUUCUACUUCUAGACUAUAGAAAUAAGACUAAGAAAAUGGAGUAAUAAAAAGUUUGUAAAUUAUAAUUACACGGAUGUUUUUUGUGUAAUAUUUGAAUCUCGUCUAAAAAAAAGCAAGAACAAAAAAAAAGAAAGAAAGAAAGAAAAAGAGCGAAUGAGAGUGAGAGUAAAUUUUAAGAAUAAAAGAGAAAAGCCAAUAAUUAUCCCGACUCUUGAAUGAAAAUCAACAAAAGUAAAGCAAAAAUAAAAAAAAGAGGUUCUCAAGUACAUUAGAUUAGAGCAUUUAUUUGUUAAAGGACACUUGUUGCGAUAAUACGUGUAUUAUAAUUUAUCAUACUGUCAUCUGUAAAUAUAGACGAUAAGAUUUAAAAAAACUAGAGAUACUAGCUAUUUGAAAUAAAUUUGCGAUUAAACAAAA